AGAGAUCGAGCUCGCCGAGAAUGAGAUGCCCGGUCUCAUGGAGACCCGCAACAAGUACGCUGAGGACCAGCCCCUCAAAGGUGCCCGCAUUGCUGGUUGUCUUCACAUGACCAUCCAGACCGCCGUCCUCAUCGAGACCCUCACAUCCCUCGGUGCCGAGCUCACCUGGACCUCCUGCAACAUCUUCUCCACACAGGACCACGCUGCCGCUGCCAUCGCUGCCGCCGGUGUGCCCGUUUUCGCCUGGAAGGGCGAGACCGAGGAGGAGUACGAGUGGUGCCUUGAGCAGCAGCUUACUGCUUUCAAGGACGGCAAGUCCCUCAACUUGAUCCUCGACGACGGUGGUGACCUCACUGCUCUCGUUCACAAGAAGUACCCUGAGAUGCUCAAAGACUGCUACGGUGUCUCUGAGGAGACUACCACCGGUGUCCACCACCUCUACCGCAUGCUCAAGGGCAAGGGCCUCAUGGUCCCUGCCAUCAACGUCAACGACUCCGUCACCAAGUCCAAGUUCGACAACCUUUACGGCUGCCGUGAGUCCCUCGUCGACGGUAUCAAGCGUGCCACCGAUGUCAUGAUCGCUGGCAAGGUCGCUGUUGUGGCCGGUUUCGGUGAUGUCGGCAAGGGUUGCGCUCAGGCUCUCCACUCCAUGGGUGCCCGCGUUAUCGUUACUGAGAUCGACCCUAUCAACGCUCUCCAGGCUGCCGUCUCUGGCUUCCAGGUCACCACCAUGGAGAAGGCUGCUUCUCAGGGUCAGAUCUUCGUCACCACCACUGGCUGCCGUGACAUCCUGACUGGCGAGCACUUCGAGGCUAUGCCCAACGAUGCUAUUGUCUGCAACAUCGGUCACUUCGAUAUUGAGAUUGACGUUGCCUGGCUCAAGAAGAACGCCAAGUCGGUCACCAGCAUCAAGCCCCAGGUCGACCGCUACCUGAUGAAGAGCGGCCGUCACAUCAUCCUCCUCGCUGAGGGCCGUCUUGUCAACUUGGGAUGUGCCACUGGCCACUCUUCGUUCGUCAUGUCCUGCUCUUUCACCAACCAGGUCCUUGCCCAGAUCAUGCUGUACAAGGCCGCUGACGAGGAGUUCGGCAACAAGUACAUUGAGUUUGGCAAGACUGGCAAGCUGGAUGUUGGUGUCUAUGUCCUCCCCAAGAUCCUCGACGAACAGGUCGCCCUUCUCCACUUGGCCCACGUCAAUGCUGAGCUCUCCAAGCUUUCCGAGGUCCAGGCCGAGUACCUUGGCCUCCCUGUCGAGGGUCCCUUUAAGAGCGACAUCUACCGCUACUAGAUUUCUUUCUUCUUUGCUUCGUUUGAGUUUGAGCAGUUUCAACACGACGUUA